CCAUUUCUGCUAAUUGUGACCAAAUUGGAGUCUCCGGAGCGAACAUGGAGCUUUAACGUGGCUUUAAACGUUCCUUUCUGUCUCUGUUCCAGGGGGGAAAACUCCCCGGAGUCCAUCGGAGCGUCGGGAGGAGAAAGCGAGCGGAGCGUGUCUUCAUCACCUCUGUGGGAGCUGAUUGAAGCGACAGCAGCUGACACAGAUCUGUUUCACCUGCAGCUCCAGAGCUACUAAUCUGUUUCUCUUUGGAAACCAUCGGCUUCAAUUCAAGCGGACAAACUGCCUCAGUCAGAUCAGGUUUCCUGAGCGCUCCGGCAUCUUUCCCUUCUUAUCCUCCUUUUCCUAAACAACCUGAGGAGGAGUUCUCCUGCUCCGACCCGGCCAUGUUUCCCUCCGUCCCCUCCUUCCUCCUCGUCCUCCUGCUGGCUGCUCCGGCCCUCCUCACCCCCUCCACCUCCCACGAGCUAGAGGUCAGAGGUCAAAGGAGGCCGAGGGACACCAAGCAGGACUCCAUCAAGGUGGUGAUCUCAGAGGGCUGCGUCACUCAGGGGGAUUCUCCUGAAGUCAGCCAGGGAGGUAAAGAAAUCGAUCUGAUCCCCGGCUCUCCUCUGGUCCUGACCCACAAGAUCAAACUGGUUCCGUCUGGUUCUGGUUCGGGGUCCUGUGGCUGCGAGGCGGACUUCGCUGCGCUGCGGGAGCGUCUGGAGAGGCUGGAGAGGGAGGUGUCGUCCCUCAGGGAGAAAUGUGGAGCUGAGGGAGGCUGCUGCACCUCCAAGGAGAGCAAAGGUGCCGGUUGCUCCAUCAAACCGAAGGAGGACGAGUGUCCCAACGAGUGCAGCGAUCAGGGCCGCUGCGUGGACGGUAAAUGCGUUUGCUUCCCUGGUUUCAGCGGACCGGACUGCAGCAACUCCAACUGUCCCGGAAACUGCAACGACCGCGGCCGCUGUGUGAACGGACAGUGCGUGUGCGACCCCGGUUUCUCCGGACCCGACUGCUCUCAGAGCGGUUGCCCCGACGACUGCAACGACCGCGGCCGGUGUGUGAACGGUAAAUGUGUGUGUGACGCCGGUUUCUCCGGACCCAGCUGCACCGACGAGUCCUGCCCGGGGAACUGCAACAACAGGGGGCGCUGCGUCAACGGGCAGUGUGUCUGUAAUCCGGGCUUCACCGGGCCGGACUGCUCCAAGAAGGCGUGUCCUAGCAACUGCAGCGACCGCGGCCGGUGCGUGAACGGUAAAUGUGUGUGUGACAGCGGCUUCACCGGACCGGACUGCUCCGAGAAAUCCUGUCCGGGGAACUGCAACAACAGGGGGCGCUGCAUUAACGGGCAGUGCGUCUGUAAUCCUGGAUUCACCGGACCGGACUGCUCCAAGAAAGCGUGUCCGGAUAACUGCAGCGGCCGCGGCCGGUGUGUGAACGGUAAAUGUGUGUGUGACGCCGGUUUCACCGGGCCGGACUGCUCUGAAACCGCCUGUCCCGGGAACUGCAACAACAGGGGGCGCUGCCUGGACGGAGAGUGUUGCGACAUCGGCUUCACCGGAGACGACUGCUCUGAGACCGCCUGCCCCGGGAACUGCAACAACAGGGGGCGCUGCGUUAACGGAGAGUGCGUCUGCAACGACGGGUUCACCGGAGCGGACUGCUCCGCCAAAGCAUGUCCCAACAACUGCAGCAACCGCGGGAAGUGUGUGAACGGGAAGUGUGUGUGUGAGGUGGGCUUCGCCGGGCCGGACUGCGCCGCCAAAGGUUGCCCCGGUAACUGCAACAACAAGGGGCGGUGCGUCAAAGGGAAGUGCGUCUGCCGGAGAGGAUUCACCGGACCGGACUGCAGCCAGUGUGAGGAGGGCAUGACCGGACCCAACUGUGACACCGUCAUGUCUGGAGUUUCUCAGCUGAGCACCAGAGACGUCACGGAGACGUCCGUCACGCUCGUCUGGACGCCGCCACGAGUCCAGUACGACGUCUACGACAUCACCUUCAGCAGCCAGAAGGACAGUUCGGAGCAGAUCAGUGUUCAGGUGGAGGGCAGCCUGUCCAGCUUCACCCAGACGGGGCUGGCUGCCGGUCAGGAGUACACGGCAACCGUUACCGGGGAGAUCGACGGCAGGAAGGGAGCUGAGAGCUCCACAGAGUUCACCACCCUCAUCUCCGGUCCCUCUGACCUCCGAGUCGUCAAAACGACCUCCACGUCUGCGGUGGUCCAGUGGCAGGAGUCGCAGGGUGAGAUCGACAGGUACCGUUUGACCGUCACGCCCAAUGACGGAGCGGGGAGGAGCCAGGAGAUCAGCGUACCAGCCGGCCAGGACUCGGUCCUCAUCCAACAGCUGGAGGCGGGGCGUCUGUAUGACAUCACACUGGUCGCGGAGAAGGACGCGAGUCGGAGCAAACCGGCAACCACCCAGGUUACUCCAGGGAAGACUGUACCAAGGGUUACAAUGGCGGCUUUGACCACGCAGGUCACACCUGGACGAGAUGUUGGCGACAGAGACCAAGAGAUUAACCCAUCACCUAAGAUUCAAGUCUUUGACCAACAGGAUGGGAGCGAGACUGACUCUGUAAAAGUCAGAGAUAUUGAUGGACUUAACAAAGACUUCACAACCUCUGUGGUUGCAAGAACUAAACCACUGGUCAGCAGACAGAUGACAAUAAAUGGCACCAGGCCCAAUGUUCCUAAAAGGACCACAUUGUACAGGAAGCCAAAUGGCCCUUUCCGUUUCAACGUAACCAGAGUUGUGCCUGGACUGCGAAAGGUUGGCCAAGGCCCUUUGAAAAAGCCCCCUGUGGGGCAGAAGAAGAAGGUACCAGUAGUACCCAAAAAACUUAAACCAGGUGUUCCCACUAUCAGAGACAAGACAAUACCUUUAACUGUGAAAGACCCGAGUGUAGAAGCAUCAAGCCCCGAGAGGAGUGAAGACAAGAAUCCAGCUAUAUUGUCUGAAACUGAUUCAAGUACCUCAGAGGAACCAACUGUUGCUGUCGGCUCCAAAGAGCAACCAGAUGUUGGCACAGCAGACCAAGGCAAUGACGCCGCUCCAGUGACUUCAGCGCCAACAAGGGCCGCUCCGAGCCAAGAGAAGAAAUGUAUGAACAAAAUGAAAGUGACGCAUUUUAGAUUACCCCAUCGGGGGAAAGGCAGCGGGUGUAAAGGGGAUGGAACAGCGCUGGUAGAACUGACACCAGGUUCACAUCAAGUUUCCUCAUCUGCAGAGACAGACCUCGACUAUUCACCAGAUCCUUUAAGUAAACUCCUGACGGACACUUUAGGCAAAUUAAAUAUCACAACCUUCUCAGUGCACCUCUCGGAACCAGAUGACGUCUCUGUUCAUGCAGAAACAGUGAGGAAGAAGAUUUUAGGUGGACUGAAGCCAUUGUCGCCCUGGUCAACAUCACGUUCAUCAUCAUCAAUUUCCAGCUCAGAUAAAUCAAGAUCAGUCGGAAGAAUUGAACUCGAUUCCGAUAACCGCAAAACUAUGACUGACAUUACAUCACCCGAAGACAGAAAACGACCAUCAUCAUCACAUUCAUCGUCGAUUUCCAGCUCUGACAGAUCAGGUUCCUUUAGAGACAAUGAACCAGAUUUUAAUGAUUUAACAAUUGGCGGUUCGCAACCUAAAGACAUUAAACCACAACCAUCUGACCCGUCAGCUGUACCAUCCUCAUUAGCGCCACCUUCACUGUCCUCAACAGCAGCACCAUUGUCACUGGCAAUUUUAGUUUCAUCAACCCCAUCAUCGUUACCUUCACCUUCAUCAAUAUCACCACAACCUCCAUCUCCAUCUCUUUCCAGCUCGGAGAAAUCAAGUUCAGCUGGAAACGAUGAACUAGAUGUUGAUAACAGCAGAAGAACAACUGACCUAUCAUCAUCCGAAGACAGAACACCACCACCCUUUUUAACUUUUAUACGUCGCAAACCUCCAACACACGGACGCCCAAACCCAAACUUUGGACCUUUGGAUAAAAGAGAACGAAUCCCUUUUCCUCCAAAGUGGGAACACCUGCGUCGUCAAAACCAUGGAUCUCUUCAGAACCGGGCUCGUCCAAAUUUGAGGCUUCCACCACCCCCCUCUCAGCCUUUAAAUCCUGCAUCAGAAACAAGGCAAGAGCAGGUAACUUCGACUGAAGUGCUAUACACUUCUACUCCUUCGGGUUCCAAAGAAUCCAAUCCAGCUGAAGGUACAGGUCCAAAAGCAUCUGAGAAUGAAGACAGAGUUGUGACAAGCAUGUCCUCUGAAUUUAAUCAGACCCUCAGAGGAAGUGGAGUGCCUUCCUCCAAUCGCCCAGCCACCAAAGUUUACUUCCGUCGGCCGCAGCUGAAUGGCGGACGUUUUCAAAACAGAACCCGGACAAACCUUAGACUGCCUCAACAUCCACAGAGAGGUCCCAUGCGCAAGCCUUUCCCAAACAGAAAGCCAAAUGGAGGAUUUACUGUUGGGAAUCAAUUUACCCACUUAGAAGAAGAUAAUACCCAUGAAAUCACAGAUAACAAAUUCAGAGAAACAAAUGCCCCCAUGCCUACCCAAGGAGUUCAGAUUAGACAAUCAGGAGAACAUGAAACAGCAGAGGUAUUUCCGAGUGCCUUGGUGCCGAUGGAUGGCCAUGACACUACCAUCAAACCACAGACUAAUAAUUUAGAUGGGGGAGACAAUGCUCCAGUCCACACCACAAAAUAUGGAGAAGAAGAAACUAGUAUCCAAGAUUCAACCUUGGACAUCCAUGGAGAGAGAGUCGAUGCUGCUAAAGAUAUUGACCCAACAAAUCAAGGGAGACCAACUCUUGAACAAACUUCCUCCGAUUCAAGACACGUAGCCCCGAGACCUGUCACACCUCGAAAGAAACAACCACCAACAAGCGGUAUGACAGCCACAAAUCACACCCAGAUAAGACCACAACUCUAUGGUGGACGUUUCCAAAACAAAACCCGUCCAAACCUGCGACUGCCUCAGAGAGGUCCCGUACGCAAGUUUUUCCCAAAUAGAAAGCCAAGUGGAGGCAUGGUUGCUGGAAGUCAAAUUACCCAAUUAGAAAAGAAGAUUGCCCCUGAAAUACCAGAUAUCCAAUCAGGAGAACAGGGUGCCCCCAUGUCUACACAAGUAGUCCAAAUUAGACAAUCAGUAGAACGAGACAGUGCAGAGGUAAUUACAAAUGCUUGGGUGCUGAUGGAUGGCCAUGACACUACCGCCAGACCACAGACUGAUGAAUUAGAAGGGGGGGGCAAUGCUCCAGUCCAACCCACUAAAUCUGUUGAAGAAACUAGCACCCCAGAUUCAAACUCUGACUCUGACACCCAUAAAGAGACGGACAAUGCUGGUAAAAAUAUUGGCCCAAUAAGUCGUGGUAAGGAAACUCUCAAACAAGCAUCCUCCGAUUCAAGACACGUGGCCUCGAGACCUGUCACACCUCCAAAGAGACAACCACCAACAAGUGGUAUCACAGCAACAAAUCGCACACAGAUUAGACCACAACUGUAUGGUGGCCAUUUCCAAAACAAAACUAGUCCACAAAGAGGUCCAAUACGCAAGCCAACCCCAAAUGGAGGCAUUACUGUUGAAAAUCAAAUUACAGAAUUUGAGAAGGAGAUUGGCCCUGAAACUUCAGAUACACAAUCAGGAGAACAGGAUGCCCCCAUGUCUACACAAGGAGUCCAAAUUAAACAGUCGAAAGAAGACACUGCAGAGGUAUUUACAAAUGCCUGGGUAUUGAUGGAUGGUCAUGACACUACCGCCAGACCACAGACAAAUGAACUAGAAGGGGGGGACAAUUCUCCAGUCCAACCCACUAAAUCUGUAGAAGAAGAAACUAGCACCCCGGAUGCAAACUCUGACUCGGACACCCAUGAAGAUAGAGUCAGUGCUGGCGAAAAUAUUGACCCAACAAGUCAAGGUAAACCAUCUCUUGGACAAGCUAGUUCUGAUUCAAGAAAUGGAGCCCCAAGACCUGUCACACCUAUAAAGAGACAACCACCAACAAAAGGUAUAUCAAAAAUUCACACCGUGAUGAGACCAAAACAGUAUGGCAACCGUUUCCAAAACAAAACUCGUGCAAACCUGAGACCACCUCAGCAUCCAAAGAUAGGUGCCAUGCUCAAGCCUGACACUACCGCCAGACCACAGACUAAUAAAUUAGAAGGGGGGGACAAUGCUCCAGUCCAACACACUAAAUAUGUGGAAGAAGAAACUAGCAACCGUGAUACAAACUCUGAUUCUGACACCCAUAAUGAACGAGUCAAUGAUCACAAAAAUAUUGACCCGACAAGUCAAGGUAGACCAACUCCUGGACAAACUUCUUCUGAUUCAAGACAUUUCACACCUCCAAAUAGACAACCACCAAAUAAAGGUACUUUGGCACAAAUUCACAACCUGAGAAGACCACAAAUGUUUGGCGGCCGUUUCCAAAACAAAACCCGUGCAAACCUGAGACCGCCUCAACAUCCACAGAGAGGUCCUAUUCUUCUCCCAAACAGAAAGCCAACGAGAGGCUUUACUGUUGGAACUCAAAUUAGCCAAUUAGAAAAGGAGGUUGCCCCUGAAAUCCCAGAUAACCAAUCAGGAGGACAGGAUGCCCCCAUGCCUACACAAGGAGUCCAAAUUAGACAGUCGGGAGAACAUGACUCUACCAUCAGACCACAGGCUAAUGAAUUAGAAGGAGGGGGCAAUGCUCCAGAUUCAAACUCUGAAACUCACAAAGAGAGAGUCAAUGCUGGCAAAAAUAUUGGCACUUCAAGUAGAGGUAGACCUCCUCUUGAUUCAAGACAUGGAGCCCCGAGACCUGUCACACCUCCAAAGAGACAACCACCAACAAGAGGUAUGACCGCAACAAAUCACACCCAGAUCAGGCGCUACAACACUGGGAGCAAAAGGGGAGAAGAUGAACGAAAUACUACUGCAAAAAUGUUGUUUGACAGUAAAUCUGAACAGGCAAGAAGUGAUUCUAAACCUCAGACUGGAUCUUCUGGAGUCACAAGGGAACCACUGGACUAUGUGGGAGUGACGAACCGGACCUCGGAUGGAUUUACACUCAUAUGGGACUCACCGGAAGAGAAGUACAAAAACUUUGUUGUGACGAGCAAAGAAGUUGGAAAAGACAAGGGGCCAAAGCAGAAGGAAGGCAAGAACGAUCAGGAAGAAGUCUCCAAGCGUCAGAUGACGGGAUUAGAAAAUAUAAGCAGUGAAGAUGAAAAUAGAGUACCUGAAAGUGUCUCUACAGGAGAUCCACAGAUCCAAAGCGGCACAAAAGCCAAACCUGUAUUAGGAAGUGAUAAAACUGUUAAAAAAGUUCUUCCUGGUUCAGCUCGCUCCUUCCAGUUUGAGAAUCUGCCUCCUCUGAAGGAGUACACCGUGACCUUGCUUGGAAAGGGUCCCGGCCUUCUGUCCAGACUGCACAAGCUUGUCAUCAGUACAGGCCCCGAGCCUCCCACCGACAUCGUGUUCAGCGAGCUGACGGAGAACUCUCUGACGGUGUCGUGGACCAAACCAAAGUCGGCCAUCAGCGGGUUUAAAGUCACCUACACACACACAGAGGAAGGUGAGCCUGUCUCUGUGUCUGUGGACCGAGACGACUCGUCCCUCUCUCUGUCUCGUCUCUCUCCUGGUUCGUCCUACGAGGUCAGCGUCAUCUCCAUCCUCGGCCUCGACGAGAGCGACCCGCUCAGAGACGCCGUCAGGACACGCCCUGACCCGCCCACUGACCUGCGGGCCGUCAACAUCACAGACAACAAGGCGUUGCUGUUGUGGCGUCCAGCGUUGGCUACAGUCGACAAAUACGCCAUCGUUUAUGGAGCUGGGACCGGUUCAGAGUUGAGGGUGACGGUUUCUGGGAACUCAGCGGAGCAGCAGCUGGUCGGUCUGGAGGAGUCCACCACCUACACUGUCACCAUCAGCAGCCAUGUGGGGACCACCGAGAGUACGGAGACCUCCACCAGCUUCACCACCGCCGGAGGGAGUAUCGGGGACGGUCCCCGUGACCUCCAGGCUGACAGAGUGAGUCCCCGUACGGCUCAGCUGACCUGGAAACCUCCAUUGAAGCCGGCCAGCAGCUACAGACUCACCUACCAGACCGACGGGCAGGACAUGAAGGAAGUGAUCGUGGACGCCUCUGUCACGGCGUUCAACCUGACCAGACUCCACCCGGGGUCCUCAUACACGGUGCAGCUGCAGGCGGAGGACGGAGGACGCUACACAGCCGCCAUCGCCACCGACUUCACCACCGGACCCCUGAGGUUCCCCUUCCCCUCCGACUGCUCCCAGGAGCUCCAGAACGGCAUCAGGACCUCCGGAGAGGUGGAGAUCUUCCCUCGGGGGAAACUGGGGACGCCAAUGAUGGUUUACUGCGACAUGGAGACGGACGGAGGAGGCUGGACGGUGUUCCAGAGGAGGAAGGACGGCUCUGAGAACUUCUUCAGAGGUUGGAAGGACUACACCAGAGGCUUCGGCAGUCUGACGGGAGAGUUCUGGCUCGGUCUCGAUAACCUCCACAACCUGACCACCAUGACCAGGAUGAACCUGCGCGUCGACCUGCGAGAUAAAAACGGCGCCGUGUUCGCCAAAUACUCGACGUUCGAGGUGGCGAAGAGGAACUACAAGCUGACGGUGGGCGGCUACAGCGGCACCGCAGGCGACUCUCUCAGUUACCACAACCAGCGGAUCUUCUCCACCAAGGACCGGGACCUCGGCCCCUUCAUCACCCGCUGCGCCAUGUCCUACCGCGGCGGCUGGUGGUACAAGAACUGCCACGAGGCCAACCUCAACGGGCUCUACGGCACCGACGUCAACCACCAGGGUGUGAUCUGGACCGCCUGGAGAGGAAAAGAGUUUUCCAUCCCGUUCGCUGAGAUGAAGAUGAGACCAGCGUCCUUCAGAGGAUGAAGACGAGGACACGAGGACAAUGAACUGCUGAACACAUGAUGCAUGAUGGGACAGCAGCGUGUACAUACACACACACACACACACACACACACACACACACACGCUCUCCCUCCAGAGGAAUGAAGACGUGUUCUCCAUCUGUAUAGCGGUCAGUUAUCAGUAUGUUACUGUAGAUUGUACAGUUUUUAUCUUUUUAAAGCAGGGCGGCUCCCACUGUCUCUAUAUUUAAAGGGCCAGUUCACCCAAAUUACAAAAAAAAAAACACACAAACAACACAGUUAAAAAGUUUGUAAUCUGCUGCCACAAAGCUUUGGUGCUUUUAUUUUGUAGGAGGUGCUCUUUAAUGGAUGUUAGGGUUCGUUUUGUACCAUGAAAGAGCAGAAAAACAAACUUUUACUAGUUUUCUAGACGUCUCCUAUAGAACAGGAUCACUGUUUCAGGUGUAAAUGUAGCUGAUGUUUGCAGCACUUUAACCUUUUGUGUUUAUCUUCAGGUUUUAUGGACCAAAACUGCAACUUUUCAUAGUUUUUUUCAUUUUAUUUUUUAUGUAAAUAAACAUCAGCGAGGUGCCAAAGAGUUAAAACAUGCAGCAAAACACAGAAUCAUUGUUUCAUCGUUUGUUUCUGAUCUUUAAAAUGUUACUAUUCAGGAAAUAAAUGAUUAUUUUGAGCUU